UAUAUUGGCGGGAGAUUUUCCCGCGUUUUCCGAGAUCAACACAAGCCACAACAACACGCUGCUGUUGCUCCCUGCUGCUGCUCCCUGCUGCUGCUGUCAUGUCUGACCAACCCACCUCCCCAUCAGCUGCUAUGAGCUCUCCUGAGCCUACCACGCCCAGCCGCUCCAGCGUGUCGGGUCGACGGCGUCGAAGAUCCUCCAGGGCUUCAAAUGUUGACCCCGUUACUUCCUCACCGGGCCGUGACCUUCCAGCUUUUGAAGACGAGAGUGACUUAUUGGGGAAUGACUUGCCCGUAGAAGAAGAAGAUGACGGAGAAGAGCUAUUUGGGGAUAAUAUGGAAACCGACUACCGCCACAUUCCCGAAUUGGACGUGUACGACCGUGAUAAUCUCGAUGAUUCGGAGUACUCCAUGUUGAGUGAAGGUGAUCGUGUAGCUGCAGAGGCACAGAUGAGGAAGAGAGAUCGUGAUGAGGGGCGUGUCACUGGAAGAAUGCGAAGAGGGUUGAUAUAUGAUGAAAGUGAUGAUGAUGAGGAUCGACCAGCCAGGAGGCGUCGUAUGGCUGAGAGAGCUGUGGAAGGUGAUGCUCCAGAUGAUGAAGAGAUGAUUGAAUCUAUUGAAAAUCUUGAGGAUAUGAAAGGCCACAGUGUACGCGAGUGGGUGUCCAUGCUUGGACCCAGAACUGAAAUUUACAAUAGAUUUAAAAAUUUCCUUCGCACUUAUGUAAACGACAAAGGCAACAACCUCUACAAGGAUAAGGUUCGACACAUGUGUGAAGAAAACAAGUCGUCAUUUGAAGUGGAUUACAACAUCAUUGCCUCCGAGGAGCAAGUUUUGGCCUACUUCCUUCCUGAAGCCCCAACAGAGAUGCUGGAGAUUAUGGACUCUGCUGCUAAGGAUGUCACACUCUCCAUGUUUCCCCAAUAUGAGAGAAUUACCAGAGAGAUUCACGUAAGAAUUACUGAUCUGCCACUAAUAGAAGAACUGCGAUCUCUCAGACAACUUCAUCUGAAUCAACUAAUCCGGACAUCUGGAGUAGUAUCUUCAACUACAGGCAUUCUUCCUCAGCUCUCGAUUGUCAAAUAUGAUUGUAACAGAUGUUCUUAUGUCCUAGGACCAUUUGUCCAAUCUCAGAACUCUGAGGUAAAGCCGGGGUCUUGCCCAGAAUGUCAGAGCAGAGGACCAUUUACAAUUAACAUGGAACAGACAGUAUACCAAAACUACCAAAGGAUCACCCUUCAAGAGUCUCCGGGCAAGGUUGCAGCUGGUCGUCUUCCCCGGUCGAAGGAUGUUAUACUCCUGGGAGACCUUUGUGAUUCUUGUAAGCCUGGGGAUGAAAUAGAAGUGACAGGAGUUUACACAAACAACUACGAUGGGUCGCUCAACACCAAUCAUGGAUUCCCAGUGUUUGCAACAAUUAUCAUGGCAAACCACAUUGCCAAGAAGGAUAAUGCUAAUGCUAUUAAAGCUUUGACUGAUGAGGACAUUAAAGCUAUUGUUAGCCUGAGCAAGGAUGAACGAAUUGCUGAGAGAAUUGUGGCGUCAAUUGCCCCUUCGAUAUAUGGCCACGAAGACAUCAAGAGAGCUCUUGCUCUGUCCCUCUUUGGUGGGGAAUCCAAAAAUCCUGGACAAAAACACAAGGUUCGAGGAGACAUCAAUGUUCUAGCAUGUGGUGACCCUGGCACAGCCAAGUCUCAGUUCCUGAAGUAUAUAGAGAAGAUAGCACCCCGAGCUGUCUUCACAACUGGUCAAGGUGCCAGUGCCGUGGGUCUGACUGCGUAUGUGCAGAAGUCACCAGUAACUCGGGAGUGGACGCUGGAGGCCGGAGCGCUCGUCUUGGCCGACAAGGGUGUCUGCCUCAUUGAUGAGUUUGAUAAGAUGAAUGAUGCAGAUCGUACAAGUAUCCAUGAAGCUAUGGAGCAGCAGAGUAUUUCAAUCUCCAAAGCGGGCAUUGUGACUUCCCUCCAAGCCCGCUGUGCUGUUAUAGCAGCUGCUAACCCAAUUGGGGGUAGAUAUGAUCCCUCCAUGACAUUUGCUGAAAAUGUUGAACUGUCGGAACCCAUUCUCUCUCGUUUUGAUAUAUUAUGUGUAGUACGUGACACUGUUGAUCCAGUCCAGGAUGAGCACCUUGCACGGUUUGUGGUCGGGUCACACAUCCGCCAUCAUCCAGGAGCAACUGCGGCCGAUGUUGCAGCCAUAACUGUGGAUGGAUCUAUGAUGGGAGGAUCAAAUCUUUCUGGUUUAGAGAAGAUUCCCCAAGACUUGCUGAAGAAAUACAUUAUAUACGGACGUGAAAAAGUUCGGCCCAAGCUGCAUCAGAUGGACCAGGACAAAGUGGCCAAAAUGUACUCUGAGCUAAGACGAGAAUCUAUGGCAACUGGGAGUAUCCCCAUCACUGUGCGACACAUUGAGAGCAUGAUCCGCAUGGCAGAGUCUCACGCUCGAAUGCAUCUGAGGGAAUAUGUUCAUGAAGAUGAUGUUAAUAUGGCCAUUAGAGUCAUGCUGGAGUCCUUUAUUGAUACUCAGAAGUUCUCUGUAAUGAGACCCAUGAAAAAGAGCUUUGCUCGGUACUUAUCCUUCAAGCGCGACAACAAUGAACUCUUGUUCUUCUUGCUACGGCAACUGGUGCAUGAGCAGACUACCUACAUGCAUUCUCGUUAUGGACCUGAUCACGAUGUUGUGCAAGUCUCGGAGAAGGAUCUUCUUGAUAGGGCACGGCAGAUCAACAUCAUGAAUCUACAGCCCUUCUUUGACAGUGACAUCUUCAAAGCCAACAGUUUCACACAUGAUGCCAAGAGAAAGUUGAUCGUUCAGACAGUCUAGGCUGGUUAAUUUUAAGUUGUGUAAAUUAUGUGAAAGUAAUAUUUUAUGUUCAAGGGAUUAAGACUCAAAUUUAUUCUUAUUCUGAAUAGUUUAGGUUUGAAUUCACCCAGGUGUUAAUGUAAGAAUCCAGUGAUCUUGCAUAAAUGGAUUUUUUUAUAGUAGUGUUAGAAAAGAGAGAUCACAUUAACGUGAUAUAUCAAUGAACAAAUCCACAGGAGCAGUGAUGAGGGUUUGAGCCAAUGCACCGAGUGUUUCCAGGCUCGCUCCAAAUUGACUACGUCACGACAUGGUCAAAAGAAUUACAACCCGUGGGUGCAGUAGUACCCGAUGUUGCAAUUCUUUUGACCAUGUCGUAGCAUAGUCACCAGAUCGAGCCUCGGAACACCCAGCGCAUAGGUUCAAAUCCUUCACACGGCUCCUCUGGAUAUAUUCAUAGUGUUAGGAAAUUUUUGCCUGUAAGUAGCAGCAUCUGCUUGUAUUAAGAUAUUAAGUUUAAAUUUUGUAAUUGGUAUAAGUAUCAUUUAAUUUCACGUAAAGUUUGGAAAUUCAGUUCACAUUAAGAUAUUGGGAGGGAAAGUGUUUAUUAUCUUUCAUUUGUCAAAAA